AUCACGGACCAGUCCUCCAGGACUGUGCUCCUGAACACGUUCAUAGUGAAGAAGAAACGGUGCAGGGUGUACUUUCAUCGGGGCACGCUGAUUUGGGAGACGGAGAAACCGCCUUACACUGGCGGUACGCUUGUCAAACUAUCUAACCGCUUGAAAAAAUAGCUGAUCGUCGGAGCAAUAGGUAUUGUUCUAAGUUUCAACACGAAUACUUGUCAAACUACAUGUCUAUUUAAAAAUGAAUAGUUCAUUAGUUGUAACGUUAGUAUUACUUCGGGCUCCGAGGUGACGCGUAUACUCGCCGAACUUAGUUAACUGGUUAAUGAUGCCAGAGGCUGAUAGCAGUGUCUAGGAUAAUACCUGUCGAGCAAGGAUCAAUCGCGUUUCCGUGUUUCUCGUGGAUAGCGGACAAAGGAAUGGCGCGGGGUUGCGCCGCUUUGCUCGGGCAGCUUUUAUUUGCUGACAGAAGCUUUGUUUUUAUUGAUGCAAUUGUGUGGAUGAUGAUUGAACGUCUUGCCGAGUGGUUCAGAGCUGGAGGCAAGAUGGACGUUACCCAUGUCGGACGUGUUAGCCGUGCGCUACGGGGAUGAUUGGAUACCCGGGGUGAACGUGAAAGAGAAACAGCCGCCGACCUCGCCCACCUCGCCGACCGUCUGCCCGACGAAUUUCAUUUUGCACUACGCAGUUCGUGGACCAAAGAAUAAAUGGAGCCAUCACAGUGUCACUAUGAGUCAUACGGAUCCAAGGCAAGUCGCCUCAUGGGUCAAGACCAUACGAAAUUACCUCAUGGGUCUGACGCACCGACCCAGAAAGAUUCUGUUGUUCGUCAACCCUUUCGGCGGGAAGAAGAAAGGUCCGAAGAUUUGGGAGAAAGACGUGCAGCCGUUGAUGACCAUCGCGGGCAUCGAGACGAAGAUGUUGGUCACGGAACGUGUCGGGCACGCACGCGACACGCUUCUAACGGCUGACCUGAGCGACUUCCAUGCGAUAGUGUGCAUCGGCGGGGACGGUACCUUGGCAGAGGUGAUAAACGGUCUGGUCCUGAGGACGACGAAGGAGCAGCAGAUCGACGCGAACGACCCGGAGGUCAGGCUGCCCACUCCCCCGUUGCCGAUUGGCGUGAUACCGAGCGGUAGCACCGACACGAUAGCGUACAGCCUCCACGGGACGACCGACGUGCAGACCGCCGCGAUACAUAUCAUUUUUGGCGACAGCACCGGCCUCGAUAUUUCCUCCGUGCACAACGACCAGAACCUCCUCAGGCUCUACGCCAGCGUUCUCAGCUAUGGGUAUCUCGGGGACGUGAUCCGGGACAGCGAGAAAUUCAGGUGGAUGGGCCCUCAGAGAUACGACUACUCCGGCUUUAAGAAAAUCCUCGCGAAUAAAGGCUACGAAGGUGAAAUUCAGCUACUGUCCGACCCCUGCCACCCGGCGACGAGUACAAGAUGUACGAAAAAUUGCAGCAGGUGUUUGCAACAUAUGCACAAUAGUGUACCAGACAAAGAAAUAUCCAGAUGGGUGACUGUCAGAGGGAAAUUCUUCAUGGUGAACGGUGCUAAUCUGGCCUGUGCCUGCUCCAGGAGUCCCAUGGGAUUCAGCCCCCACUGUCACGUCGGUGACGGUUGCGUCGACGUGAUUUUGGUCCGUCACACUUCCCUGUUCAAUAAUAUUAGAAUGUUGCUCAGGCUGUCCAGUAAACAGAAAACCCUGUACGAUCUUCCGUUCGUCGAGGUGUACAGAGCGAGAGAGUUCACAUUCCGGGCAAUGCCCACGAUGCACAUGCAGUCCGAAAGUCAGCUGAACAGCAGCUACAUGAAAUCCAGCCUGAGCGUGUGGAACUGCGACGGCGAGGUGAUCAAUAACUCGAACGUGAAAAUCAGGGUACACUGCCAACUAGUGAACGUGUUCACGAGACGAUCCCAAGAACCAGUUCACGAGCGGACCUGUUUCUGUUAAUGGCGAGCCGGCCGACGGUCCGUAUCACCGGCGUCCCAUGAAACAACAGAGAAAAAUGCCGCGGCGCUACCACGGAACACGAUGGCAUUGCAAUCGCAUAGUUCCUUCGACUUGCCCCAACCGCGCGCCGCGUGGCAACAAUCGAAUCGCUCGUUCCUCCCCGCCGCCGUUCGAAUUCAGCGGCUCGGAGAUCCGACAGCUUGAGCAUUUUGCGAAUCGAAUCGCUGGGAAACUUCCUUUAAGCCUCUAGAACCGAAAGACCGCCAACUUAGACGCCCGGAAGCUUCUGAAACUCGAAAAUUAGAAAUUCGAAAAAUAAGAACAUGGAGGAUUCGAAGAAUUUUGAAAGGAAUUAUGAAGAAACGGAGAUUCGAGGGUCAGAGAUCUACAAAUUUGGAGAUCUCAGCGUUCGGAGAUCGUAAAAUUGAGAAACUCGAAGGCCUACGAGCAUCUGAACAUCCAAUCGAAAUCUCCAAUUUCCAGCAAGCUUCCUAAGUUAGAAAAACUACGAAACGAAAGUUAAUCGAAGGAUUAAAGCGUCCAACAAGCGUCGAACUCAGAAAUUUCAAAAUCCUCCAACUAGAAAUUGCGCGAUUCUCAAGUCGGCACAGUUGAAAAUGUGCCCUUAAAUUAGAGGUCGUAAGAUUCGUCGGUCAGAGUUGAAAAUUUAGAAGCUUCAAAGUUCCCAGAGCUAGAUACUCGAAAGCUAGGACACGAAGACUCUAGAACCGAGCACCGACAGCUCUGGCGCGUAUUCGAGUGGUUCACAGGAGCCGGAAGUAGCCAAGGAGAGCUGCGAGGAGACUAGCGAGUUCGCGAGGCCCGAGAUUGCAGGCGCGUCUGUCCGCGAACGGAUCAUUCCAGUGAAACCAACGGGGAACACGAACUUCGAGCUCGAAACGUUAACGAACACGAAGGAAAAGCUGCGUCCGACGGUCUCGGGCCACAGAAUUUCGUUUUGCGUUCGCACGGAGCUCGGCCAACGUUUUCUUUCAUUUCGCUCAACGGUCUUAGACUCCAGCCAGAGACAAAGAUGGCUGCAACGCGAACAUUCCGUCGCGGAUGUUUCCGAUCGCGGCUCAUUUGAGAGACGGCGCACUGAGUCACGGAGUCCUUCGGAGUUCUCUCGGAUCGUCGGACAAAAAAUAUUUUUCUAAAAAGGUCACUGAACAUUCGAUUGAUUAAGGAUCUUCGUCGUAGAAUGUAAAUUAAGAGAACGAGGAAACGGAAAUUGGGGCAAUUCAUCGAUCGUUUGGGGUAAGAGACCGAGAGAUCGAGGAGGGUCAAGUGACUCAAUGUGCUCGAGGAUGUUUGUAUCAAUACGACCGGCGUUUUUCCGGUCGAUUCUCUCGGCACGCGACGCGUUUUCGUACUUAACGCGAGACUCGCGACGCGAUUCGGUGCACGGAGGGAUUACUGUGUCGCGUACGAUAUUCCGGAGGAUGUAGUAUUCGCUUAAGUUCGAUGGAGUGUAUAGUUUGAGUAGCCGUUAUCCUCCAGACGCUCGGUUUUAGUUUCGCCUCGUUUCGUGGAGGUGUGUGGAGAGGUUUGAGACACGCGAGUGGUGUGAUAUUGUUUUGCGGAGUCCGGGAGAGUUACUUCAGGUUCUCGGUGUGCUCGAGUGAUUUCUGACUUGUUCGAACGUGUUUGGCAGCUUCAAACAGCUUCAAACAGCUUCAAACAUCCGCAAACGCGCUUCUACGAUGAAUUUUAAAACCUCAGAAUGAACUUCCACGAGCUUCAAAUGAUUUCCGACGCGUGAACGUUUGAAUAACGUUGAAGUUUCUUCAAGUUUGACGACGUUUAGAGUCUCUAGAACCGUCGAACGAGCUCGAUGCGCGUCGAGAAUAGUAUCGAGAGCUUCCGAAGUCAUUUAGAACCGCCCGAAGGCGAUGGAAAUAGUUCAGAAGCGAUUCAAACGCGUUCAAACACGUCAGACACCCGAGCGCCGAGCAGAAAUUACGUCUUCGACGGUAUUAGAGUAGCAAUAUCUUCUUUAGCACGCCUAAGACAGUCAAUCAGCGUGUAAAAACGAGACAUGUAACGUAGGAUUACGCUCGCGCGAGUCAGCCGGCUGUUUAGCGCUUUAAGUAUAGACUCGAGCGCGGAGAGUAUUUUUGGUCGAGGAACGAUCGAGCGGCAUUUACUUUUACCAAAAGUAUUCCGACACGUAUUUAUUUUAUUUAGGGCGUAGGGAGUCGAGCGAAACGCUUCGAAGCUCGAUCGAUUUAUCCGCUAUCGUCGAUCCAAGACAGGGAAAGUAAUUGAAAAGGGAUUCGGAAUUUACUUUUUUUCUUCUUCUUCUUCUUUUUCUUUAUUGAUCACCCGCUCUUUUCUCUUAAACGGCAAUUUACAAAGACAAGUAGAAACGGUUUAGAGUUGAGUAUCUUUUCGGGACAGGUUCCAUUUCUAGUCCGUUCCGUUCGUGUCCACGGCAACGUAGAACGAUUUCCGUCCUUGGUUUCCGGUUACCCGCUGCUCCGUCUAUUUUCGUAGACCGGAAGAACCCCUUCGACGCUUCUUUUUAGGUAGGCUCCUCGCUGAGGCGAGUCGCGAGGUCCAACGAGGAUUUUGAUACACGGUUUUGUUGGGCAGGAAAAUGUAUCCGUCACAUUCCUCUUCUUGUCGCUAGAACAACAAUCGUAGAGACAGGAUCAACGUUUCGAGAGAUAUUCGCGAGAUCCAUAGACGAAUUCUAUGACUCUGCACGGAGAUCGAAUUAUUCGGAUAUUCUCGGAAGAAUCGGAACGGUUCAUACGAACGUUUUCGAAUUACAUUUGAAACUUGCUGGCUUCUCGAUCUAAUCUGCCGCUACGUCGCACUUUUCCGACUUUUAACACCGGAACUAUCAAACUGAUCGAUCAACGCGUUCACACCGGUGUUUUCCACUCCCAUUUGGCGAAUUCUCGAAAUUGAUGAAAAUAUCGAAACGAUCGAUAAGUUAACCCUUAGCACUCCAGGUUGUUUUGUAAUCAGCAACUGCAACUAAUUUUUGUAUUCCUAGCGAAAAUUAGAAAUGCAACAUUUCUUCGAUCUUUUAUUUUC